AUGUCUAACAUCAAGAAGGACCCUCGUCGUUUAAACCUGGUCGUUCCGUACCAGGCACCUGCGCCCGCCAAGGAUGCCAGCGAUAUUACGUCGUCCAUGUCAUCGGUGCUGCCCAUGGUUGCGAUGAUGACGCGCAACCGCUUCAUCGGCUGGGGUUCCGUUGGGUUCAGUAUCCUGAGCUGGCUCGGCGAGAGCGAGGAGACGCGCCAGAAUAGCUCCACGCCCGGCUACUUCUCCGUCGGCAUGUCUCUCAUGGCCGUCGUCGUUACCUACCUGCCCAUGCUUCUGCCGCCACCCAGCACCAGCACUGCCGCCUCUUCGGCACCCGCGCCCGUCCCUGUCGCAUAA